UUUGAACUCAACUGUAUGUAUGUGUUUGUGUGUGUUCUAUCUCAGUGUCCUCCAUGUCGCAGUUUAACCCGAGUGUUGGUGGAAUCAUACCGGAAAGUGAAAGAAUCAGGGCACAAAUUUGAGAUUGUGUUUGUCAGUGCUGAUAGGUCAGAGGAGUCGUUUACACAGUACUUCAGCGAGAUGCCGUGGUUGGCGGUUCCGUACACAGAUGAGGCCAGACGGUCACGACUCAACAGACUCUAUGGAAUCCAAGGUAUCCCCACACUGAUUCUACUGGACACUGAGGGUCACAUGAUCACGCGGCAGGGGCGAGUGGAGAUUCUCAAUGACCCAGAAUGUCGGCUGUUCCCGUGGCAUCCGCAACCUGUGCUGGAGCUCAGCGAAUCAAACGCCGUACAGCUGCACGAAGGGCCCUGUCUGGUGCUGUUCGUAGACGCAGAAGAAGAAGGCGAGCUUGAGCCAGCAAAGGAGCUUAUCCAGCCAAUUGCAGAGAAGAUCAUGGCCAAAUACAAGGCCAAGGAGGAGGAGACGCCACUGCUCUUUUUUGUAGCUGGAGAGGAUGAUAUGAGUGAUUCACUGCGGGAUUACACCAAUCUGCCUGAGGCUGCACCACUUCUCACCAUCCUGGACAUGUCGGCUCGUGCCAAAUACGUUAAAGACGUGGAGGAGAUCACACCGCCCAUGGUAGAACAAUUUGUCAGUGACUUUCUGGCCGAGAAGCUCAAACCGGAGCCCAUUUAAUGUGGGGUGAAACUCCAUCUGACCCUUGACCUCCACACAGGCUCUCCCUCUCCUCCUGUCAAACUGUUCAAACAGAAGCUUACUUUCUAUUGACAUUUUGCUUCUUUUAAUACGUGCCCCUCCAUCAUGAAGUGGCCGCCUCCUCCUGUGGUGCCUUGCAUUUACUACAGCGCAGAUGGUAAAUUGCAGAUUUUCUUUGGCAAAUUAAACCCUACAGCUGCAAGUGAACGCAACUUUGUUUUUCUUGCUUCUUAUUUGCUUUUACCAAGAUUUUAUAAGAAUUUCCUUCUAUCCUUGGAUAUUGUUUCAAGAAUCAAAAACACAUAUAGCUUGGCAGUUUAUUAUUAUUAUUACUUUUCUGGAGGAUUAUCCACAGACACUGGACAUUUUAUGUGGCCAUAUGUUCUGCACGGUUGUGAUUCUCUUCCUAUGGGUGCUGAUAAAUAUGCAUACAUUAACAAGCUAAUGUUAAUAUCCUUGUGUAGCUGCCGCUGGUUAUUUUUUAAUGCAGUUGUCUAGAGUUGAUUUUUAAAAAGACUUUGCCCAACUUCUUGUUGAUAUUUGAUGUUUACUGAUAGUUUCCCCAUCUCAAACAUGACAUUUAAGUGGAUUUUCUGUGAAGGUCCCUGUAUUAAAGCAGUCUGAUAUUUUUGGAAUGCACAAAAACAGCAUUUAAUUGCAAACAUAUUAAAUUUAGCCAAUUAGAGCACAAAGUUUAUGUUUCUCCUUGGUUGUGUUUUAAAUGACAUCUUGGACAUUAAAACUCACUG